AGUUAGGUUAGAACCGGCAGAUGUUAGAGAUGAGGUCUUGGCUGCAUCACCUUUCCUUCAAAUUGCUGCUUUCUCUUCUGUGUUUGAGUCUGAAGCUCAGCUCUUUCUUAGAUGCAACAGUUUCCCCAUCUCCAGGGCCCCGGGUCAAACCUAGCUACAGUUUUGGUCGGACUUUUUUGGGACUUGAUAAAUGCAAUGCCUGCAUUGGAACAUCCAUUUGCAAGAAAUUCUUUAAAGAAGAAAUAAGGUUUGACAGCUGGCUUUCUUCCCAUUUAAAACUCCCACCCAACUACCUUUCCUGCUACACUGGGAACUACUCAGAUGACACCAAAAAUUGGCGGCCAGUUGAGAUCUCCAGAUUAACCACAAAAUACCAGCAUGACCAAUCAGACAAGAAGAUUUGUACUUCCCUCACCAAUGCUAAAAGCUGCAGCAUUGAACAUGCCUUAUGGAAGACAGAAAGAUUCCAGAAAUGGCUGAAGGCAAAACGCCUCACCCCUCUCCUGGUUCAGGGCUUGGGUACAGCAAUGCUUCGCUGCCCAUCACAACGGCUGCUGGACCGAAUAGUACGGCGCUAUGCAGAAGUGUCAGAUGCUGGUAGCAUCUUCAUGGACCAUUUUACAGACCGGGAUAAGCUGCGCCUCCUCUACACGCUGUCAGUUAACACGCAUCCCAUUAUGUUGCAGAUCUUCCCUGGAGCAGAAGGGUGGCCAUUUCCAAAAUACUUGGGGUCCUGUGGCCGGCUGAUUGUCACUACCAGCACCAGACCUUUGAAGGAAUUUUACGGCUUAUCUCCUGACAUAGCAGCCGACCUCGCUCUCCAGCUCCUCGCUAUUAUUGAUUCCAUGAGCAAUAACGACCUGCAUUAUUUCUUCUACUUCACCCGUGUCGAUGCUGGCACAUUUGGCGUUUUCAGUGACGGACAUCUGUUUAUUCGGGAUGCCAGCACACUGGGAGUCAUUGACAAGCAGGAAGAAGGGAGCCAGUUGAUGGACGGACAGCAGAAACAUAAGGACAUAUUUAGCUGCUUGGUUACAGAUUGCCAGUCUGUGCUUCCCUCCUGCAGUUCCACCAGGCAUACCCAGAGCCUCACCAUGGUGUGUGAGGGACUUCUGCCUAAGCUCUUAAAGGGAACAUUUCUGCCUCCUGUGCAGCAGAAGAUUGACGGCGCUCUAGACGUCUGUGGAGACAGCUCUCUCCCUGUCCAAGAGGUUAUCAUGGCAGCUCAGGUGCUGGUAGAGACUCUGAAACCUCUGCAGACAUGUGAUUCCCGUUUUGCCUACCGCUACCCUGACUGCAAAUACAGUGCCAAACACUAAACUAAUGGUUUCCUCAGAUACUGGGGCUCCCAACUACAUACCUCAUCUGCCUUUGAAAUUAAAAGAACAGAAUCUGCCAGCAAAUGCCUUAGCAGGAUAUGAUCACGAAUUUUGCUCCCACUGGAUGCUCACUGUGCUGAUGUUCUCUGGUGAGACACUGGGGCUUUUUGGCUUUACUCUUCAAGGGCUCAUAAAGUUAGGAUUGGAGUACCUGUGUGACUAAGUACCUCUGAGACGCUUAUCAUUGGCCAUGUUCUACAUUUUCAUAUUUACCUCACCUUACUGAAUCCUUUCAACAGAAGUAUGGACACCUCACAAGCUGGUUGCUGAAAAGUGUGCUGUCCAGAGGAAGUCUUCUAGAACCCCUCCCAAGGUGUGCUGAUCCAUGGUUAUGAUAUGGAUUAUUUCCUCUCUAGGAAGCUUUCUAUAGCGGCAUUAAAAGCAACUCUUGAAUAAACUCUAAUUGACUUUGAUGACCAUUUGUGGAAGAUGGGAUCAGUUGACUCCCUCAAGACAAGAGAGACCCACUACUCUUUUUCAGGUCACUUGUUCCUCGCAUCCAUUUCUAGCAGAAACUUGAAUGGUGGAGGCUGGGGGCUCCUGUUUCAGUGGAGUGGUUUCACUCUGGUUUCAGUCAGAACCAAACAGAACUCUAAAGGAACUAUCCAAGGUGCUGAAUCCUAGCCCCAGAAAUAGGAGCCACCAGCCUCCACUGAACUUGAAACAGGCAUGGAAAACCCCAACUCUCUGACCUCAAGCUGUCUCUCCCUUUCGUUCCCUUCUCUUUGGGGCUAACUUCUGGGGUUCAAUAGCUGCUCACUGGGCCCUCACCAUCCAGCAGCCUCCACUUCAUCUUCUUCCAUCGGGUGCAUGAAAUUGCACUGUUCUUUAUUUCACCUUCCUAUCCAGAGCAAUUUCAUUUGUUCCCAUGGGCGGCUGACCCAGGCUCCUGUGGAGGCAGAGACAAAUUGAUUGAAAAGGUUUACCCAGCCACAGAAGGAGU